UGUACAGUGGACAAACGAAUCGACCAUCGCGACCAAAGGUGCAACCGUCCCGUCGACCAUGGUCAGCAAACAUGGCAGUGCCUACAGUCAGGAGAUCUCCAUAUAAGGAUUUCCUGCAGCCCGCGCUGCAGCGGCGCUUUGCGACUGCAAGUUUAUGUGUGCUCGCCGUCGCAUAUGUUCAGGCGCUGCUCUUGGCGAAUUGGACCUCAUUGCUGUGGUCCUGGUUUCCCCUCGGCCCGACCGGUAUUCGCACCGUCUUCUUCUUCUUCUGCACCAUCUCCAUAAUCAUCCUCCGCAUCGCUCAGUACCACCCCGGCUUGCGCACCUCCGACUCGGCCGCCCACACCUUCUUCCAGUAUGGCCUCACGUUGCCGACGGUCGAGGCCCUCUUUACCUACAGCACGUCCGCGUACUUGUUUAGUCAGAUCUACCUCUGGUCUCUGCCGGAAGGGUCGGGAUUUGAAUGGAUCACAUACUUCAUGUCGGACCGGGCCAGACUGAACGAGAAGCCGAUCCUUUUGACCACCCAUUUGGUGCUGGUCGGAAUUUACCAAGCAUUGCGGCACCUGUACGAAGAUGUCGACCGGCUGUCUCUAGGUGUGGCCAGACCGGAGGCUGGGACCGGCAAGCCUAUGGACGGUGAUGCGUCGAUUCAAGUCCAGCGGUUCAAGGACCAGCUACCCGGGAUAGUGUUGAGUUCAGUGAAUCAGUCAAUACUUGGCUUCAUCAUUACUCUCUUCGUCUACCCGCUUUUCCUGCGCGCCACGAUAUGGCGGACGAUGAUGACUUUCCUGCGGCCCAUCUACAAGCUGCCCAGAACCAACAUGGUGCCCACCACGUUACCAUUUUCUUUCACAGCUAUAUUGCGCUGCUGGUUUGUGAGCCUCAUGAUUUUGCUGGCAUGGACCACGGCCAACACGGCUUUCUCCUUGUUCUUGGUUAAGAGUCCCCUGAAGAACGGAAAGCCAUUGACGACCGAUUCAAAGGACCCGAAUGGCAGUUUGCUGAACGGCCUGAAGAAUAAGAAGCUUUCCAUCAAGUGUUUCGCCAUGUGGGAGUUGGCACUCAUUGCUCGAGACUUUCCCGAGAGACGCAAGGCCAUCUACGAAGACAUCGAUCGCAAGGACGGCCCCAUGUGGUCCCAGGUCUACAAGAUCUGUUUAGAUGUCCUGAAAAGUAUUGAUUCCAGGAUCGAUGCUUUCAACGGAAUGCCGGCGCCGCCCGACCCGACGGAGAAGGCGGCACCACUAGACGAGACGAAAAAGCGAACAACAGAGCCUCCAAAGAAUGAGGCCAUCUUUGAGCCGAUCCCAUCAAAAAGAGGACUGAGGGACCAAGUUGAGAAGGUUGUCAAUCAAGUGGCCAGGUCGCCCGGCCAAGGCUCUCAACUCAGCCCUCUGGCGAAGAAGGCGACGGACGUAGCCGGGCAGGGCUUUAUUACGCUACAGAAAAAGGCGACCGGUUCCGAAGACACGCAGGGCCUGAUCAGGGACCUGGCAUUGAAGGUGUUGAGGUCAGGGUUAGGCCGGCCGUUCAGGCAACACUACAGUCGACGCCUGAUGCGCGUCGUUCUGGGCGACCCCUACGGCGAGCCGAGCUUGUACAUCAACGCGGCGUGCGCGUUGAGCCAGCUGGCGGUGCACAGCCUGCGCGAGGACAGGUAUGGCCACGUGCAGAGGGACAUUGCGGCGAUCAUGCGCGCCAUGACCGAGGUAACCAAGAAGCUGGAGACAUUCAGGGAGGAGCUGCCGACGCACUGGACCGAUGUGGAAGGGAAGAGGGAGUGUCCCGAGGUGGACGACGUUUUGGCUACGCUCAAGGAUGCGCUCGGCCAGCUGAUUGAGGCGUUUGGUCCGUAUGCCCGGGACUUGAGGCUGAGCUUGAAGGAUAUGCGGCUUGCAAGGGAGGCUGCUGGGAUAAUGGAGCCGGCAGUGCAGCUAGCUGGUAAAAUGGGUUAAGUGGCGUCUGCUAGAGGGCCGGGCAUAACUUUGGGAUCAUAUGGGUAGUGUAACAAAAUGUAUAAAAUGUGCAAUGAUAUCUGUCGAGAAGCGGAACCUGUGGGCGGUGUCUGGUAUAAUACACCAGUAAGGCAGGGGCAUAAAGCAAGGAGUACCUAGGUUCGGAGAUGACGGACGUGGCUUUCGAGAGCACAUGAAGUUUCGUUUGUUUACCCUCUUCCUUCCAAACCAGUCAUGAAAAUCUUAAGAUACCUUAUAUAAACAGGUAUCUAGGUAUAUACAAAGCAAGAGGUGCAGUGUCUGUUAAAUUCGAGCCAAAUUCUUUUAUAGCAUAGUUAGACACCUAUCCUUACCUGCUUACGCACCUAGCGAACGUUCAAGAAUAC